GAGAGAACAUUGAAAUUAUUCUCUAAGCUAUCUGAAGAGAGUGACUAAAUGCUCCUGGGUCAGGCUCUCUGUGGGUAUGAAGUGGUUGGGAGACUCCAAGAACAUGGUGGUGAAUGGCAGGAGAAAUGGAGGCAAGUUGUCUAAUGACCAUCAGCAGAAUCAAUCAAAAUUACAGCACUCGGGCAAGGACACCCUGAAGACUGGCAGAAACGCCGUUGAGAGGCGGUCCAACAGAUGUCAUGGUAACUCGGGAUUUGAAGGACAGAGUCGCUAUGUGCCGUCCUCUGGAAUGUCCGCCAAGGAGCUCUGUGAGAACGACGACUUAGCAACCAGUUUGGUUCUUGAUCCCUAUUUAGGUUUUCAGACACACAAAAUGAAUACUAGCGCCUUUCCUUUGAGGAGCUCAAGACAUAUUUCAAAAGCUGACAGUUUUUCUCACAACAACCCUGUAAGAUUCCGGCCUAUUAAAGGAAGGCAAGAAGAGCUAAAGGAAGUAAUUGAACGCUUUAAGAAAGAUGAACACUUAGAGAAAGCCUUCAAAUGUUUGACUUCAGGUGAAUGGGCACGGCAUUAUUUUCUCAACAAAAACAAAAUGCAGGAGAAAUUAUUCAAGGAACAUGUCUUUAUUUACUUGCGGAUGUUUGCGACUGACAGUGGAUUUGAAAUAUUGCCUUGUAAUAGAUACUCUUCAGAACAAAAUGGAGCCAAGAUAGUUGCAACAAAAGAGUGGAAACGAAAUGACAAAAUAGAAUUACUGGUGGGUUGUAUUGCCGAACUUUCAGAAAUUGAGGAGAACAUGCUACUUAGACAUGGAGAAAACGACUUCAGUGUCAUGUAUUCCACAAGGAAAAACUGUGCUCAACUCUGGCUCGGUCCUGCUGCAUUUAUAAAUCAUGAUUGCAGACCUAACUGUAAGUUUGUGUCAACUGGUCGAGACACAGCAUGUGUGAAGGCUCUGAGAGAUAUUGAACCUGGAGAAGAAAUUUCUUGUUACUAUGGAGAUGGGUUUUUUGGAGAAAAUAAUGAGUUCUGCGAAUGUUACACUUGUGAAAGGUAAAGGAUCAGAUUUCCCA